UUCACAUCUCAUCCAAUUGGCAUACAACUUGAGAGAGAAAAGGUACGGUGAAGACGAACAACAUGGCGCAUGUAGCCGGUUUGCUCGCCUCGGCUGUGGUCUCAGCGGUGGGCAAUAAGCUGGGUUCUGCCAUUGGGGAUGAGGUCACGAUGCUGUGCAACUUCAAGGACGACCUCAAGGACAUGAAGGACACAUUGCAGUACAUGGAGGCGGCGCUCAAGGAUGCUGAGAGGCGGUCUGUCUCGGAGGAGUUGGUGCGGCUGUGGCUCAACCAGCUCAAGAACGCUGCCUACGACAUCUCUUACAUGCUCGAUGAGUUCCAAGCUAACAGUGAACCAGCCUCCAGAAAGAUGAUUGGGAAGCUGGACUGUUUUGCUAUUGCACCCAAGAUUACCAUGGCUUAUAAGAUGAAGAAGAUGAGAGGUCAGCUGAGGAAGAUCAAAGAGGAUCAUGAGAGUUUCAAAUUCACAUAUGAUAAUUCCAGCCUAAUAAAUGUGCACCAGUUUCCUGAUCCACGGGAAACAACGUCAAAUGUCAUUGAAUCACUCAUCAUAGGGAGAGACAGAGACAUGAUGAAUGCUCUUUCUUUGUUAUCCAAAAACGACAACAACAAAGAAGAUACCAUAGUUCUUCCUAUUUGUGGGCUUGGAGGCAUAGGAAAGACAACUUUGGCACAACUGGUCUUCAAUGAUGCUAAGUUCAAAGAUUAUGAUCAUCGGGUAUGGGUCUAUGUAUCCCAGGUGUUUGACUUGAAAAAAAUAGGGAACUCCAUAAUUUCUCAACUACUGGAAAAAGGAAGCGAGAAUCUUGAUACACUGCAGUUGAUAAGCCAACGCCUUAAACAUCUACUUGAAGAUAAGAAGACUCUGCUUGUUUUAGAUGACCUUUGGGAGGCAGAUAACUCCCAACUGAAUCAACUCAAGCUUAUGUUGAAUGUAAGCUCCAAGAUGCAAGUCUUAGUCACAACACGCAACAUAGACAUUGCAAGAAAAUUUUGUACUGUUGAACCAUACAUGUUAGAUCUCUUGGACAAUGACAUGUGCUGGAGAAUAAUCAAGCAAAAUAGUGGCUUUGAGUCUAGAUCUGAUAAAGAGCAAGUUGAACCAGUUGGACAGAAGAUUGCAAGGAAAUGUGGAGGUUUGCCAUUAGCAGCUCAAGCACUUGGAUUCUUGCUAUCUGGAAUGGAUCUUAGUGACUGGAAAGCAAUGUGCAAUAGUGAUAUUUGGGACGAACCAUUUUCUGAUAGUACAGUGUUACCAUCCUUGAAGUUAAGUUACAAUACUUUGACACCAUAUUUGAGGUUAUGCUUUGCAUAUUGUGGCAUCUUUCCUAAAGGUCACAAUAUAAGUAAAGAUGCUCUUAUCCAGCAAUGGAUUUCUCUGGGUUUCAUCGAGCCAUCUAAUAAUUUUUCGGCCAUACAACUUGGCGAGAAGUAUGUUAGGCAAUUCCUUGGGAUGUCUUUUCUUCAGCAUUCAAAAUGGUGCAUGGUGAGUUACCACGGCAUUACUACCUGGCAGUAUAGAAUGAAGAAUAUUCUUUUUUACUCAAUUAUCAAAUGGCAUGCAACAGUUACUGUGCAGAAGCAUACAUACAUCUUAUAUAUGUUGACAGUUUGGUACAUUAAUCCAUGUAUAUGUUUUGUCCUUAGUGGCAAAUAAAGCACUCAAGAUAUUGGUGCACCAGAUUACACUUGACACUCUUUCCUCUUAAAAUUGCCCAAGUGUGGGGGAGCAUAUAUGGACCUGCCUCGAGUAAAAACAAAAGUAACUCCUUCAUCCAUCCUGUUGUAGUUUACCCUUGUCAAAAACCAGCCCAUUUGGAUCACUACACAUACAGUUAAUGCAUAGUAUUGUAUUUUGUUUGGCUUGUCAAAUCCAGUCUAUAUUUGGGUGGACAAUAAUUUUCCC